UCUAUCAUCCCGCUGGUGGUCACUUAUAUAUACACAGUUAUGCCAGUGUAAUGUAAUUGGGAUCCUCCGAAAAGGAAUGUGAAGAAAAUCACAGCAGAACAAAUCUGAGAGACAACAGUACCAUUGCCAGCCUCUCCCUUCGCAUGGCAGCACCAUUGGCACACAGCAGCCACACAGGCUUGCUGUGGAACUCGGUGUGCAAUGUCUGGUCUAUUCCAUGUGGACAACCUGUGAUCCUGUAAGACAAAAGUGCUCAUGCAUGUUUGGGGAGUGACAACAAUGUUUGGUUUUCAGCAGCAGAGAGCUUACCUGCAUGUGAGGGAGCAUGCCUACCAGCUAUUGUGGAAAAUUGUUUCUCCGAUAGUUUAGCCAAGGCACAGUUUUCACAUAUGGCAAGAUGGAGGAAGACACAGGAAACAUUUGUAGACCUUAUACUUCUAGCAUAUGUGUGGGGUGCCUUGUCCUUUCAUCCCCACUUGCAGGAGCGGAGCGGGCAUUGUGUCAAAUGUCAGGAAUCCUGCAGCAGAGCACCUGUGCAAUUACUUUGUUUGCAGUCAUUACUUUAAUUAUGGACUCUUUUAAAAUUGGAUACUUCAUUGGAUUUUCAGAUUGCUUAUCAGUCACGGAAGGUAUUUUUCCUGUUACGCAUGCAGUACAUACACUGUUGCAGGUGUACUUCUUAUGGUGCCAUGCAAAGGAUAUUAUCCAGUCCUUCAAAACGUUGGAGAGGUUUGGAGUGAUCCAUUCAGUAUUUACAAAUUUGCUUUUGUGGACAAAUGGUGUGUUAACAGAAUCAAAGCAUCAGCUUAAUGAACACAAGGAAAGAUUGAUCACUCUUGGGUUUGGAAACAUAACAAUAGAAUUGGAUGAUCAUGCACCACAGUGUAAUUGUACCACAGCAGCCCUCUGCUCAAUAUUUUCUCAAGGAAUAUAUUACCUGUACCCCUUCAACAUUGAGUAUCACAUUUUGGCAUCCACAAUGCUGUACGUGCUAUGGAAGAAUAUUGGGCGCAAAGUUGAACACCUUCAGCAACACAAGACCCCAUUCAAAUUUCAAGGAAAAACAUUGGGCACCAUUUUAGGGCUGGUUGUGUUCAUUACAACAAUAGCAAUUGUCGUUGUCUAUGUGAUUCAGAUUGGGGGUUCAAAAAGAAAGAGUGAAAUAGCACUUAUGAUGUUUUAUUUAUAUGCUAUCACAGUAAUGACACUGAUGUGCACAGCUGGAAUAGUUGCUCUUCUGAUUUACAGACUUGAAGAAAAAUCAUUGGAUGUUUCCAAAAACCCAGCUAGGAAACUUGAUGCAGACUUACUGGUUGGAACUGCCUCAGGAUCCUGGCUCCUUUCUUGGGGUUCCAUCCUUGCAGUUAUCUGUGCUCAAUCUCACCCUACGUACACAUGGUACAAUCUGCCGUAUUCUAUCCUUGUUAUAAUUGAGAAAUACAUUCAGAAUGUCUUUAUAAUUGAGUCUAUACACCGUGAGCAUGAAAAGGUUAAUGACGAUAUUAAAACGCUUCGAAUACUAACUGUGUCCAAAGGAAGUACUCUUUCACGGGCACCUUCUUACAAAGAGAUAUAUAACGGAACAGACGGCAUUGAAAAUGGACCAUACAUUAAUGGAAACUACUGUCUGCCUGAGAGCAGUGGAAGUGGCGCUCUUGAUGAAGACACAAGCCAAGGCAAUAGCCCAGUCAUUCCCUCCACCUCUGCUUUUUCACUUUAUAGCAGAAACUCUGCAGACAACAACAAAAGAAGCAUCCUGAAGAACAUUGCUGCAUUUUUGUUCCUAUGUAAUCUCUCGCUUUGGAUUCCACCAGCUUUUGGCUGCCGCCCGGAGUAUGACAAUGGACUGGAAGAAAUGGUUUUUGGAUUUGAACCUUGGAUCAUUGUUGUUAACCUUGCAAUGCCUUUUUCCAUUUUCUAUCGGAUGCACUCAGCAGCAUCCCUCUUUGAGGUCAUUUGCAAAACAUGAAUUUCAUAAAAACAGUGAGAGAAUGGAUGAGCAGCUGAAAAGAUGAAGGCAGCACCAGAUGCUUGACCAAAGCAGAGUGUGCAAUGAUUUGAAUGAACAGAUAAUGAAGAAGAUACGGACAUUCACUGACUGGAACUAUUCAUAUCUCACCAGCCCCGCUCCCACAGUUUGCCUCUAGGCAAUCAUUUAAUACAUUGUUUCUAGUCUUGUGUGGCUGAGUUAAUGAAGAUAAGACAGAAUCUUUCUCUGGCUAACCAUUUUUCAUCAUCAGAAAAUAAAAUACAUUUCCAAUAAAAUUUAUAUAGAUGCAAUUUCUUCUGAGUUCUUAGAGAUUUGCAAUAUAAAAUGAAAAUAUUGAAUCCAGUCAUGUUUAAUACAUUUAAGUCUCACUGAUUGGAGUGGAAAGUGAAGCACAUGUACCAGUGGGACAUCAGAAAUGUCUGAAUCAUGCUCAUAAUCUAAAUAUCUGUUGAGCAGACAAUUUAAUGUUUGAUAUAUAGAAAAACAAUGUUAUGUUAACAUUUCACAAGACAAACAUGUCUAGAUAUUGGGUGCCAUGGUUUACUUUUAUAACAAAUUCGUACACAUUGAUGCCACAAUUGUUUUGUGCUUGUUAUAAUGUAUUUUUGCACUUGCUUGUGAA